AUGAGUCGCUCACGGGUCCACGCGCCCGUGCGCCCUGCUUUACGUGCGCCCACGCGCUCCUGCGCCGUGCGUUCCGUGCACCCACACGCACGUGGGUAUGUGGGCAACAAGGCGGCGGUCUUCCCCCUGCAACUGCUGGGCUUCGAUGUGGACCCAAUCAACUCCGUGCAGCUCUCCAACCACACUGGGUACCCCACGUGGAAGGGGCAGAUUCUGGAUGGAGAGCAGCUGUGGGCGCUAAUAGAGGGCUUGGAGGCCAAUGGGCUGCUCUUCUACACGCACCUGCUCACCGGUGGGUUCCAGCUCCUCUCCUCCCAUUCUCUCCCUCACACACUUUCCUUUCCCCCCUCUCUCCCUCUUUCCCUCCCUCCUUCCCUCCCUCUCUCCCUCUUUGCCUUCCUCCUUCCCUCCCUCUCUCCCUCCUUUCAUCAGAAGUAUCCUCACGACUUGGCUAGAGCAGCGGAGCUAGCAGUGGCAUCCCUACAGAGCUGGCAGUGGCAUUGGGCUGUCCAUGGCUUUGAGGCAAGCUAUAUGAGCAGAGUUGGCAUUGGCAACCCGUGGCAUUGCAACCUUCCUGACCUGAUUGCUCCUCUCCUCCCAUUCUUUCUCCCUACAGGUUGUGCUCGCACGAACCUUGCAGCACCGCUCUCCACCUCUGACGGCACCGAGUCCUCUCCCACUCCCCCCACUCCCAAGCGCCUGGAGCUCUGCCUCGUUCAGAGCCGCGAUGAUAUUAUAAGCCCGCCUGUUGUGUUACGUGCACAAGCGGUUGAAAGCGGUGUAGAUGGUUUAGAUGGAUUGCAAGAUGGUGAAAGUGCCUUGCGCGUGACGCGGACCGUACUUGUCUCCCGCCGAGUAGCCAUGGAGGACGCAGAGGCGCGCCGCUCUCGCCUGCGCAGCAUGCGCGAGUCCGCGGCGAAGCAGCAGGCGGCGUCCCCCGGCGCGCCCACGCCUUCCGCCGCCCUCUCCGCACUCCCCUCCCCCGACUUCUCUCCGCCGCUUAUCCGCACGCAUCUGCGUGUGCGCCAUCCGGGGAAGGCGGACCUGGGGGAGGUAGAUCUGCUAGACGGCCAGCAGGAGCAGCCACCACAGGCUCGGGGAAUUUCUCACAGGCCUCAUACGCCAUCACUGCAUGUGACAUGCUGCGCGCUGCAGGGCCCAGGAAGCCGUUGUUUCCGUUCUUCUCUCACCAUGGGGCGGCGAGGUGAGGAGGCGAGGUGCUCGACAGCGGCGCGUGGAGGGCUGAGCCGCCCGCGUGGAGGGCUGAGCCGCCCGCGCGGAGGGCUGAGCCGCCCGCGUGGAGGGCUGAGCCGCCCACGUGGAGGGCUGAGCCGCCCGCGUGGAGGGCUGAGCUGCCCGUGUGGAGGGCUGAGCCGGCGUCCAUGGGAGCAGGUGAGUGGUGCGGCAGAGCAGGUGAGUGGUGUAGCAGAGCAGGUGAGUGGUGCGGCAGAGCAGGUGAGUGGUGCGGCAGAGCAGGUGAGUGGUGCGGCAGAGCAGGUGAGUGGUGCGGCAGAGCAGGUGAGUGGUGCGGCAGAGCAGGUGAGUGGUGCAGCAGAGCAGGUGAGUGGUGCGGCAGAGCAGGUGAGUGGUGCAGCAGAGCAGGUGAGUGGUGCAGCAGAGCAGGUGAGUGGUGCGCCGGAGCAGGUGAGUGGUGCAACAGAGCAGGUGAGUGGUGCGGCAGAGCAGGCGAGUGGUGCAGCAGAGCAGGUGAGUGGUGCAGCAGAGCAGGUGAGUGGUGCAGCAGAGCAGGUGAGUGGUGCGGCAGAGCAGGUGAGUGGUGCAGCAGAGCAGGUGAGUGGUGCGGCAGAGCAGGUGAGUGGUGUAGCAGAGCAGGUGAGUGGUGCGGCAGAGCAGGUGAGUGGUGCGGCAGAGCAGGUGAGUGGUGCGGCAGAGCAGGUGAGUGGUGCGGCAGAGCAGGUGAGUGGUGCGGCAGAGCAGGUGAGUGGUGCGGCAGAGCAGGUGAGUGGUGCAGCAGAGCAGGUGAGUGGUGCGGCAGAGCAGGUGAGUGGUGCGGCAGAGCAGGUGAGUGGUGCAGCAGAGCAGGUGAGUGGUGCGGCAGAGCAGGUGAGUGGUGCGGCAGAGCAGGUGAGUGGUGCGGCAGAGCAGGUGAGUGGUGCGGCAGAGCAGGUGGGUGGUGUAGCAGAGCAGGUGAGUGGUGCGGCAGAGCAGGUGAGUGGUGCGGCAGAGCAGGUGAGUGGUGCGGCAGAGCAGGUGAGUGGUGCGGCAGAGCAGGUGAGUGGUGCAGCAGAGCAGGUGAGUGGUGCGGCAGAGCAGGUGAGUGGUGCAGCAGAGCAGGUGAGUGGUGCAGCAGAGCAGGUGAGUGGUGCGGCAGAGCAGGUGAGUGGUGCAGCAGAGCAGGUGAGUGGUGCGGCAGAGCAGGUGAGUGGUGCAGCAGAGCAGGCGAGUGGUGCAGCAGAGCAGGUGAGUGGUGCGGCAGAGCAGGUGAGUGGUGCGGCAGAGCAGGUGAGUGGUGCAGCAGAGCAGGUGAGUGGUGCAGCAGAGCAGGUGAGUGGUGCGGCAGAGCAGGUGAGUGGUGCGGCAGAGCAGGUGAGUGGUGCGGCAGAGCAGGUGAGUGGUGCAGCAGAGCAGGUGAGUGGUGCGGCAGAGCAGGUGAGUGGUGCAGCAGAGCAGGUGAGUGGUGCGGCAGAGCAGGUGAGUGGUGCGGCAGAGCAGGUGAGUGGUGCAGCAGAGCAGGUGAGUGGUGCGGCAGAGCAGGUGAGUGGUGCAGCAGAGCAGGUGAGUGGUGCAGCAGAGCAGGUGAGUGGUGCGGCAGAGCAGGUGAGUGGUGCAGCAGAGCAGGUGAGUGGUGCGGCAGAGCAGGUGAGUGGUGCAGCAGAGCAGGCGAUUGGUGCAGCAGAGCAGGUGAGUGGUGCGGCAGAGCAGGUGAGUGGUGCGGCAGAGCAGGUGAGUGGUGCAGCAGAGCAGGUGAGUGGUGCAGCAGAGCAGGUGAGUGGUGCGGCAGAGCAGGUGAGUGGUGCGGCAGAGCAGGUGAGUGGUGCGGCAGAGCAGGUGAGUGGUGCGGCAGAGCAGGUGAGUGGUGCAGCAGAGCAGGUGAGUGGUGCAGCAGAGCAGGUGAGUGGUGCAGCAGAGCAGGUGAGUGGUGCGGCAGAGCAGGUGAGUGGUGCGGCAGAGCAGGUGAGUGGUGCAGCAGAGCAGGUGAGUGGUGCGGCAGAGCAGGUGAGUGGUGCAGCAGAGCAGGUGAGUGGUGCGGCAGAGCAGGUGAGUGGUGCGGCAGAGCAGGUGAGUGGUGCAGCAGAGCAGGUGAGUGGUGCAGCAGAGCAGGUGAGUGGUGUGGCAGAGCAGGUGAGUGGUGCAGCAGAGCAGGUGAGUGGUGCGGCAGAGCAGGUGAGUGGUGCAGCAGAGCAGGUGAGUGGUGCAGCAGAGCAGGUGAGUGGUGCAGCAGAGCAGGUGAGUGGUGCGGCAGAGCAGGUGAGUGGUGCGGCAGAGCAGGUGAGUGGUGCGGCAGAGCAGGUGAGUGGUGCGGCAGAGCAGGUGAGUGGUGCGGCAGAGCAGGUGAGUGGUGCGGCAGAGCAGGUGAGUGGUGCAGCAGAGCAGGUGAGUGGUGCGGCAGAGCAGGUGAGUGGUGCGGCAGAGCAGGUGAGUGGUGCAGCAGAGCAGGUGAGUGGUGCAGCAGAGCAGGUGAGUGGUGCAGCAGAGCAGGUGAGUGGUGCGGCAGAGCAGGUGAGUGGUGCGGCAGAGCAGGUGAGUGGUGCGGCAGAGCAGGUGAGUGGUGCGGCAGAGCAGGUGAGUGGUGCGGCAGAGCAGGUGAAUGGUGCGGCAGAGCAGGUGAGUGGUGCGGCAGAGCAGGUGAGUGGUGUAGCAGAGCUGGUGAGUGGUGCGGCAGAGCAGGUGAGUGGUGCGGCAGAGCAGGUGAGUGGUGCGGCAGAGCAGGUGAGUGGUCAGGUGAGUGGUGCAGCAGAGCAAGUGAGUGGUGCGGCAGAGCAGGUGAGUGGUGCAGCAGAGCAAGUGAGUGGUGCAGCAGAGCAGGUGAGUGGUGCAGCAGAGCAGGUGAUUGGUGCAGCAGAGCAGGUGAGUGGUGCGGCAGGGCAGGUGAGUGGUGCAGCAGAGCAGGUGAGUGGUGCAGCAGAGCAGGUGAGUGGUGCGGCAGAGCAGGUGAGUGGUGCGGCAGAGCAGGUGAGUGGUGCAGCAGAGCAGGUGAGUGGUGCAGCAGAGCAGGUGAGUGGUGCAGCAGAGCAGGUGAGUGGUGCAGCAGAGCAGGUGAGUGUUGCGGCAGAGCAGGUGAGUGGUGCGGCAGAGCAGGUGAGUGGUGCAGCAGAGCAGGUGAGUGGUGCGGCAGAGCAGGUGAGUGGUGCGGCAGAGCAGGUGAGUGGUGCAGCAGAGCAGGUGAGUGGUGCGGCAGAGCAGGUGAGCGGUGCGGCAGAGCAGGUGAGUGGUGCGGCAGAGCAGAUGAGUGGUGCGGCAGAGCAGGUGAGUGGAGCGGCAGAGCAGGUGAGUGGUGCGGCAGAGCAGGUGAGUGGUGCGGCAGAGCAGGUGAGUGGUGCGGCAGAGCAGGUGAGUGGUGCAGCAGAGCAUGUGAGUGGUGCAGCAGAGCAGGUGAGUGGUGCAGCAGAGCAGGUGAGUGGUGCGGCAGAGCAGGUGAGUGGUGCAGCAGAGCAGGUGAGUGGUGCGGCAGAGCAGGUGAGUGGUGCGGCAGAGCAGGUGAGUGGUGCGGCAGAGCAGGUGAGUGGUGCGGCAGAGCAGGUGAGUGGUGCAGCAGAGCAGGUGAGUGGUGCGGCAGAGCAGGUGAGUGGUGCGGCAGAGCAGGUGAGUGGUGCAGCAGAGCAGGUGAGAGGUGCGGCAGAGCAGGUGAGUGGUGCGGCAGAGCAGGUGAGUGGUGCGGCAGAGCAGGUGAGUGGUGCGGCAGAGCAGGUGAGUGGUGCGGCAGAGCAGGUGAGUGGUGCAGCAGAGCAGGUGAGUGGUGCGGCAGAGCAGGUGAGUGGUGCGGCAGAGCAGGUGAGUGGUGCGGCAGAGCAGGUGAGUGGUGCAGCAGAGCAGGUGAGUGGUGCGGCAGAGCAGGUGAGUGGUGCGGCAGAGCAGAUGAGUGGUGCGGCAGAGCAGGUGAGUGGUGCGGCAGAGCAGGUGAGUGGUGCGGCAGAGCAGGUGAGUGGUGCGGCAGAGCAGGUGAGUGGUUCGGCAGAGCAGGUGAGUGGUGCGGCAGAGCAGAUGAGUGGUGCGGCAGAGCAGGUGAGUGGUGCGGCAGAGCAGGUGAGUGGUGCGGCAGAGCAGGUGAGUGGUGCGGCAGAGCAGGUGAGUGGUGCAGCAGAGCAGGUGAGUGGUGCGGCAGAGCAGGUGAGUGGUGCGGCAGAGCAGGUGAGUGGAGCAGCAGAGCAGGUGAGUGGUGCAGCAGAGCAGGUGAGUGGUGCAGCAGAGCAGGUGAGUGGUGCGGCAGAGCAGGUGAGUGGUGCGGCAGAGCAGGUGAGUGGUGCAGCAGAGCAGGUGAGUGGUGCGGCAGAGCAGGUGAGUGGUGCGGCAGAGCAGGUGAGUGGUGCGGCAGAGCAGAUGAGUGGUGCGGCAGAGCAGGUGAGUGGUGCGGCAGAGCAGGUGAGUGGUGCAGCAGAGCAGGUGAGUGGUGCGGCAGAGCAGGUGAGUGGUGCAGCAGAGCAGGUGAGUGGUGCAGCAGAGCAGGUGAGUGGUGCAGCAGAGCAGGUGAGUGGUGUGGCAGAGCAGGUGAGUGGUGCAGCAGAGCAGGUGAGUGGUGCGGCAGAGCAGGUGAGUGGUGCAGCAGAGCAGGUGAGUGGUGCAGCAGAGCAGGUGAGUGGUGCAGCAGAGCAGGUGAGUGGUGCGGCAGAGCAGGUGAGUGGUGCGGCAGAGCAGGUGAGUGGUGCGGCAGAGCAGGUGAGUGGUGCGGCAGAGCAGGUGAGUGGUGCGGCAGAGCAGGUGAGUGGUGCGGCAGAGCAGGUGAGUGGUGCGGCAGAGCAGGUGAGUGGUGCGGCAGAGCAGGUGAGUGGUGCGGCAGAGCAGGUGAGUGGUGCGGCAGAGCAGGUGAGUGGUGCGGCAGAGCAGGUGAGUGGUGCGGCAGAGCAGGUGAGUGGUGCGGCAGAGCAGGUGAGUGGUGCGGCAGAGCAGGUGAGUGGUGCGGCAGAGCAGGUGAGUGGUGCGGCAGAGCAGGUGAGUGGUGCGGCAGAGCAGGUGAGUGGUGCGGCAGAGCAGGUGAGUGGUGCGGCAGAGCAGGUGAGUGGUGCGGCAGAGCAGGUGAGUGGUGCGGCAGAGCAGGUGAGUGGUGCGGCAGAGCAGGUGAGUGGUGCGGCAGAGCAGGUGAGUGGUGCGGCAGAGCAGGUGAGCGGUGCGGCAGAGCAGGUGAGCGGUGCGGCAGAGCAGGUGAGUGGUGCGGCAGAGCAGGUGAGUGGUGCGGCAGAGCAGGUGAGUGGUGCGGCAGAGCAGGUGAGUGGUGCAGCAGAGCAGGUGAGUGGUGCGGCAGAGCAGGUGAGUGGUGCAGCAGAGCAGGCGAGUGGUGCAGCAGAGCAGGUGAGUGGUGCGGCAGAGCAGGUGAGUGGUGUGGCAGAGCAGGUGAGUGGUGCAGCAGAGCAGGUGAGUGGUGCAGCAGAGCAGGUGAGUGGUGCGGCAGAGCAGGUGAGUGGUGCGGCAGAGCAGGUGAGUGGUGCGGCAGAGCAGGUGAGUGGUGCAGCAGAGCAGGUGAGUGGUGCGGCAGAGCAGGUGAGUGGUGCAGCAGAGCAGGUGAGUGGUGCGGCAGAGCAGGUGAGUGGUGCGGCAGAGCAGGUGAGUGGUGCAGCAGAGCAGGUGAGUGGUGCGGCAGAGCAGGUGAGUGGUGCAGCAGAGCAGGUGAGUGGUGCAGCAGAGCAGGUGAGUGGUGCGGCAGAGCAGGUGAGUGGUGCAGCAGAGCAGGUGAGUGGUGCGGCAGAGCAGGUGAGUGGUGCAGCAGAGCAGGCGAGUGGUGCAGCAGAGCAGGUGAGUGGUGCGGCAGAGCAGGUGAGUGGUGCGGCAGAGCAGGUGAGUGGUGCAGCAGAGCAGGUGAGUGGUGCAGCAGAGCAGGUGAGUGGUGCGGCAGAGCAGGUGAGUGGUGCGGCAGAGCAGGUGAGUGGUGCGGCAGAGCAGGUGAGUGGUGCGGCAGAGCAGGUGAGUGGUGCAGCAGAGCAGGUGAGUGGUGCAGCAGAGCAGGUGAGUGGUGCAGCAGAGCAGGUGAGUGGUGCGGCAGAGCAGGUGAGUGGUGCGGCAGAGCAGGUGAGUGGUGCAGCAGAGCAGGUGAGUGGUGCGGCAGAGCAGGUGAGUGGUGCGGCAGAGCAGGUGAGUGGUGUGGCAGAGCAGAUGAGUGGUGCGGCAGAGCAGGUGAGUGGUGCGGCAGAGCAGGUGAGUGGUGCAGCAGAGCAGGUGAGUGGUGCGGCAGAGCAGGUGAGUGGUGCGGCAGAGCAGGUGAGUGGUGCAGCAGAGCAGGUGAGUGGUGCAGCAGAGCAGGUGAGUGGUGUGGCAGAGCAGGUGAGUGGUGCAGCAGAGCAGGUGAGUGGUGCGGCAGAGCAGGUGAGUGGUGCAGCAGAGCAGGUGAGUGGUGCAGCAGAGCAGGUGAGUGGUGCAGCAGAGCAGGUGAGUGGUGCGGCAGAGCAGGUGAGUGGUGCGGCAGAGCAGGUGAGUGGUGCGGCAGAGCAGGUGAGUGGUGCGGCAGAGCAGGUGAGUGGUGCGGCAGAGCAGGUGAGUGGUGCGGCAGAGCAGGUGAGUGGUGCAGCAGAGCAGGUGAGUGGUGCGGCAGAGCAGGUGAGUGGUGCGGCAGAGCAGGUGAGUGGUGCAGCAGAGCAGGUGAGUGGUGCAGCAGAGCAGGUGAGUGGUGCAGCAGAGCAGGUGAGUGGUGCGGCAGAGCAGGUGAGUGGUGCGGCAGAGCAGGUGAGUGGUGCGGCAGAGCAGGUGAGUGGUGCGGCAGAGCAGGUGAGUGGUGCGGCAGAGCAGGUGAAUGGUGCGGCAGAGCAGGUCAGUGGUGCGGCAGAGCAGGUGAGUGGUGUAGCAGAGCAGGUGAGUGGUGCAGCAGAGCAGGUGAGUGGUGCAGCAGAGCAGGUGAGUGGUGCAGCAGAGCAGGUGAGUGGUGCGGCAGAGCAGGUGAGUGGUGCGGCAGAGCAGGUGAGUGGUGCGGCAGAGCAGGUGAGUGGUGCGGCAGAGCAGGUGAGUGGUGCGGCAGAGCAGGUGAGUGGUGCAGCAGAGCAGGUGAGUGGUGCGGCAGAGCAGGUGAGUGGUGCAGCAGAGCAAGUGAGUGGUGCAGCAGAGCAGGUGAGUGGUGCAGCAGAGCAGGUGAUUGGUGCAGCAGAGCAGGUGAGUGGUGCGGCAGGGCAGGUGAGUGGUGCAGCAGAGCAGGUGAGUGGUGCAGCAGAGCAGGUGAGUGGUGCGGCAGAGCAGGUGAGUGGUGCGGCAGAGCAGGUGAGUGGUGCAGCAGAGCAGGUGAGUGGUGCAGCAGAGCAGGUGAGUGGUGCAGCAGAGCAGGUGAGUGGUGCAGCAGAGCAGGUGAGUGUUGCGGCAGAGCAGGUGAGUGGUGCGGCAGAGCAGGUGAGUGGUGCAGCAGAGCAGGUGAGUGGUGCGGCAGAGCAGGUGAGUGGUGCGGCAGAGCAGGUGAGUGGUGCAGCAGAGCAGGUGAGUGGUGCGGCAGAGCAGGUGAGCGGUGCGGCAGAGCAGGUGAGUGGUGCGGCAGAGCAGAUGAGUGGUGCGGCAGAGCAGGUGAGUGGAGCAGCAGAGCAGGUGAGUGGUGCGGCAGAGCAGGUGAGUGGUGCGGCAGAGCAGGUGAGUGGUGCGGCAGAGCAGGUGAGUGGUGCAGCAGAGCAUGUGAGUGGUGCAGCAGAGCAGGUGAGUGGUGCAGCAGAGCAGGUGAGUGGUGCGGCAGAGCAGGUGAGUGGUGCAGCAGAGCAGGUGAGUGGUGCGGCAGAGCAGGUGAGUGGUGCGGCAGAGCAGGUGAGUGGUGCGGCAGAGCAGGUGAGUGGUGCGGCAGAGCAGGUGAGUGGUGCAGCAGAGCAGGUGAGUGGUGCGGCAGAGCAGGUGAGUGGUGCGGCAGAGCAGGUGAGUGGUGCAGCAGAGCAGGUGAGUGGUGCGGCAGAGCAGGUGAGUGGUGCGGCAGAGCAGGUGAGUGGUGCGGCAGAGCAGGUGAGUGGUGCGGCAGAGCAGGUGAGUGGUGCGGCAGAGCAGGUGAGUGGUGCAGCAGAGCAGGUGAGUGGUGCGGCAGAGCAGGUGAGUGGUGCGGCAGAGCAGGUGAGUGGUGCGGCAGAGCAGGUGAGUGGUGCAGCAGAGCAGGUGAGUGGUGCGGCAGAGCAGGUGAGUGGUGCGGCAGAGCAGAUGAGUGGUGCGGCAGAGCAGGUGAGUGGUGCGGCAGAGAAGGUGAGUGGUGCGGCAGAGCAGGUGAGUGGUGCGGCAGAGCAGGUGAGUGGUGCGGCAGAGCAGGUGAGUGGUGCGGCAGAGCAGAUGAGUGGUGCGGCAGAGCAGGUGAGUGGUGCGGCAGAGCAGGUGAGUGGUGCGGCAGAGCAGGUGAGUGGUGCGGCAGAGCAGGUGAGUGGUGCAGCAGAGCAGGUGAGUGGUGCGGCAGAGCAGGUGAGUGGUGCGGCAGAGCAGGUGAGUGGAGCAGCAGAGCAGGUGAGUGGUGCAGCAGAGCAGGUGAGUGGUGCAGCAGAGCAGGUGAGUGGUGCGGCAGAGCAGGUGAGUGGUGCGGCAGAGCAGGUGAGUGGUGCAGCAGAGCAGGUGAGUGGUGCGGCAGAGCAGGUGAGUGGUGCGGCAGAGCAGGUGAGUGGUGCAGCAGAGCAGAUGAGUGGUGCGGCAGAGCAGGUGAGUGGUGCGGCAGAGCAGGUGAGUGGUGCAGCAGAGCAGGUGAGUGGUGCGGCAGAGCAGGUGAGUGGUGCAGCAGAGCAGGUGAGUGGUGCAGCAGAGCAGGUGAGUGGUGCAGCAGAGCAGGUGAGUGGUGUGGCAGAGCAGGUGAGUGGUGCAGCAGAGCAGGUGAGUGGUGCGGCAGAGCAGGUGAGUGGUGCAGCAGAGCAGGUGAGUGGUGCAGCAGAGCAGGUGAGUGGUGCAGCAGAGCAGGUGAGUGGUGCGGCAGAGCAGGUGAGUGGUGCGGCAGAGCAGGUGAGUGGUGCGGCAGAGCAGGUGAGUGGUGCGGCAGAGCAGGUGAGUGGUGCGGCAGAGCAGGUGAGUGGUGCGGCAGAGCAGGUGAGUGGUGCGGCAGAGCAGGUGAGUGGUGCGGCAGAGCAGGUGAGUGGUGCGGCAGAGCAGGUGAGUGGUGCGGCAGAGCAGGUGAGUGGUGCGGCAGAGCAGGUGAGUGGUGCGGCAGAGCAGGUGAGUGGUGCAGCAGAGCAGGUGAGUGGUGCGGCAGAGCAGGUGAGUGGUGCGGCAGAGCAGGUGAGUGGUGCAGCAGAGCAGGUGAGUGGUGCAGCAGAGCAGGUGAGUGGUGCAGCAGAGCAGGUGAGUGGUGCGGCAGAGCAGGUGAGUGGUGCGGCAGAGCAGGUGAGUGGUGCGGCAGAGCAGGUGAGUGGUGCGGCAGAGCAGGUGAGUGGUGCGGCAGAGCAGGUGAAUGGUGCGGCAGAGCAGGUGAGUGGUGCGGCAGAGCAGGUGAGUGGUGUAGCAGAGCUGGUGAGUGGUGCGGCAGAGCAGGUGAGUGGUGCGGCAGAGCAGGUGAGUGGUGCGGCAGAGCAGGUGAGUGGUGCGGCAGAGCAGGUGAGUGGUGCAGCAGAGCAGGUGAGUGGUGCGGCAGAGCAGGUGAGUGGUGCAGCAGAGCAAGUGAGUGGUGCAGCAGAGCAGGUGAGUGGUGCAGCAGAGCAGGUGAUUGGUGCAGCAGAGCAGGUGAGUGGUGCGGCAGGGCAGGUGAGUGGUGCAGCAGAGCAGGUGAGUGGUGCAGCAGAGCAGGUGAGUGGUGCGGCAGAGCAGGUGAGUGGUGCGGCAGAGCAGGUGAGUGGUGCAGCAGAGCAGGUGAGUGGUGCAGCAGAGCAGGUGAGUGGUGCAGCAGAGCAGGUGAGUGGUGCAGCAGAGCAGGUGAGUGUUGCGGCAGAGCAGGUGAGUGGUGCGGCAGAGCAGGUGAGUGGUGCAGCAGAGCAGGUGAGUGGUGCGGCAGAGCAGGUGAGUGGUGCGGCAGAGCAGGUGAGUGGUGCAGCAGAGCAGGUGAGUGGUGCGGCAGAGCAGGUGAGCGGUGCGGCAGAGCAGGUGAGUGGUGCGGCAGAGCAGAUGAGUGGUGCGGCAGAGCAGGUGAGUGGAGCGGCAGAGCAGGUGAGUGGUGCGGCAGAGCAGGUGAGUGGUGCGGCAGAGCAGGUGAGUGGUGCGGCAGAGCAGGUGAGUGGUGCAGCAGAGCAUGUGAGUGGUGCAGCAGAGCAGGUGAGUGGUGCAGCAGAGCAGGUGAGUGGUGCGGCAGAGCAGGUGAGUGGUGCAGCAGAGCAGGUGAGUGGUGCGGCAGAGCAGGUGAGUGGUGCGGCAGAGCAGGUGAGUGGUGCGGCAGAGCAGGUGAGUGGUGCGGCAGAGCAGGUGAGUGGUGCAGCAGAGCAGGUGAGUGGUGCGGCAGAGCAGGUGAGUGGUGCGGCAGAGCAGGUGAGUGGUGCAGCAGAGCAGGUGAGUGGUGCGGCAGAGCAGGUGAGUGGUGCGGCAGAGCAGGUGAGUGGUGCGGCAGAGCAGGUGAGUGGUGCGGCAGAGCAGGUGAGUGGUGCGGCAGAGCAGGUGAGUGGUGCGGCAGAGCAGGUGAGUGGUGCAGCAGAGCAGGUGAGUGGUGCGGCAGAGCAGGUGAGUGGUGCGGCAGAGCAGGUGAGUGGUGCAGCAGAGCAGGUGAGUGGUGCGGCAGAGCAGGUGAGUGGUGCGGCAGAGCAGGUGAGUGGUGCGGCAGAGCAGGUGAGUGGUGCGGCAGAGCAGGUGAGUGGUGCGGCAGAGCAGGUGAGUGGUGCAGCAGAGCAGGUGAGUGGUGCGGCAGAGCAGGUGAGUGGUGCAGCAGAGCAGGUGAGUGGUGCAGCAGAGCAGGUGAGUGGUGCAGCAGAGCAGGUGAGUGGUGUGGCAGAGCAGGUGAGUGGUGCAGCAGAGCAGGUGAGUGGUGCGGCAGAGCAGGUGAGUGGUGCAGCAGAGCAGGUGAGUGGUGCAGCAGAGCAGGUGAGUGGUGCAGCAGAGCAGGUGAGUGGUGCGGCAGAGCAGGUGAGUGGUGCAGCAGAGCAGGUGAGUGGUGCAGCAGAGCAGGUGAGUGGUGCAGCAGAGCAGGUGAGUGGUGCGGCAGAGCAGGUGAGUGGUGCAGCGGAGCAGGUGAGUGGUGCGGCAGAGCAGGUGAGUGGUGCAGCAGAGCAGGUGAGUGGUGCAGCAGAGCAGGUGAGUGGUGCGGCAGAGCAGGUGAGUGGUGCAGCAGAGCAGGUGAGUGGUGCGGCAGAGCAGGUGAGUGGUGCGGCAGAGCAGGUGAGUGGUGCAGCAGAGCAGGUGAGUGGUGCGGCAGAGCAGGUGAGUGGUGCGCAGAGCAGGUCCCCCCCAGCAUCCGUUGCGCGUCGCCGCUGCUAUGAUCUUGGCGGCGUCGCCGCUGUGAUCUCCGCGGCGGCGUGCGCUCACCAGCCCGAUCCGCCCCACUUCCCGCCCUUCCUCUUCAACCCCUUCCCCCCCUUUCCUUUCGUGCCCUCUCCUCCCGCUCGCGCACACACCUCCGUCUUCCCUCCCCCCUUCUCUUCUCCUCCUCCCAUCGUGUGCUCCCACGGCGCCGCCUCUCCCAGCGGGGGGGGAGCGGGCCCCAUCGCGAAUGGCAACAGGGGGUGGUUGGUGUGGAGUGUGACCAGCAGGGAGAGAGAGUGCGGGCUUGUUGUUAGUGGAGGGGGAGCGGGCCCUAUCACGAAUGGCAACAGGGGGUGGCUGGUGUCGAGUGUGACCGGCAGGGAGAGAGAGUGCGGGCGGGAGAUUGUGAACGUGCUCGAUGAGUGGUGUGACAAGCUGGAGGCUGGCAAGGCGCAGGGGGAGGGGGAGGGGGAGGCACGGACUGGGGAAGGUGCAUCUGCAGGGAAGGCGAAGGGGGGUUCGUCCAUCGAUGCGCUGCUGGCGAAUGAAGUGGCAGCACUCAAGAAACAGGUGCGUGCGUGUGGAGAGGGGGUUGAGGAAACAGGUGUGUGUGUUUUGCAGCGGCUCACAGGUGCCCCUGUUUUGAGACGUCUCAGGCUACCAGGUGCCCCUGUUUUGAGACGUCUCAGGCUACCAGCACAAACACCCAUCACUUCCCUCUCUCGCAAUCCUCUUUUCCCUCCCUCUUCCUCCCCUUGCCCCUCUUCUUGUCCCUCCCCUUGUCCUGAACGCUCUCACCUGCCUCGGUUCGUGAGUGUGGAGUCUGGGUGCAAGGCACUGCUGUUCGUGAGGAUUAGAGAGGAUGCCAGGAAGGGGGGGAAGGGAGAGAAGGGAGGAAAGCAGUUGGAGGAGGGAGAGGAGAAGGAGGAGGAGGGUGAGAAGGAGGAGGUGGGGAAGACGGAGGAAGGGGAAAAGGAGGAGGAGAAGGGUGAAGGAGACAAGGAGGGGAAGGAGGGGGAUAAGGCCGGGGAAAAGGAGCAGGAGAAAGAGCAGGAGGAAGAGGUUACAGGAGGAGGAGAGAAGGAACCGGAGAAGGAGGGACAGGGAGGGGAGGGGGAGAAAGGGGAGGCAGGGGGAGAGCAGGGAAGGGUGUCGCCGUGUGAGUUGGCAGAGGCGGUGCUGCGGCAUGCCAAGGCCACCCAGCAGUCAGCCACUCGGUGGGUGUGGGGUAGUGGGUGUGGGGCAGUGGGUGUGGGGCAGUGGGUGUGGGGCAGUGGGUGUGGGGCAGUGGGUGUGGGGCAGUGGGUGUGGGGCAGUGGGUGUGGGGCAGUGGGUGUGGGGCAGUGGGUUGGGUGUGGGGCAGUGGGUGUGGGGCAGUGGGUGUGGGGCAGUGGGUGUGGGGCAGUGGGUGUGGGGCAGUGGGUGUGA